AUGGGCCAAAACCAAACCAUACGCUCUCACCUUCAACGGCAAUACAAUGCUGUCAAAAAAUCGGACAAGAGAGAUUAUUUGGUGAUCGAGGAGGCGAAAAAGUUACAAUCUUUGGAUGAGUAUCCGAUUGAUUUUAAAAAGUUAGCAGUCUUGUUCAUGUUGGAUUUUGAUAAGAAUGGAAAAUUCAGUUUGGAUGAUUUGAUGAAAUUUACGGAUUGGUGUGGUACGGUAACGGAACAUUUAAAAACGGAUCAACAGAGUUUUAAAAGUGAAUUACAAGCACAGUGUACUCUACACAUGUGGAAGCAAAUUAACACUGCACGAAAUGGCAAGCAAGUAUUUGGGGAUUGGUUUGUUCGUGUAUUUUCGGUUGGACAUAUCGUAAAAUGUCCCAAAUAUCCAAAGACUCACUGGGUGAGUAUUGACACGGCAAGCAUUAUCCAUGAGUUAUUGUCAAUCAAAGAGUUGUAUGGCAUUUCAUGUCAAGAGUUGAUUAAUUUGAUGCAAUCGGUAGGGGAAGAAAAAGGUCUCAUGUCACUCGAUGACGAAGAAUUAGAUGAAGUCAUUCCUACGGAUGUCAUUCAUGAUUUUGCUGUCUCGUUCAUCACUGGUUUUUUGAACAUGAUGAGCUCUCUUGGAUUCUCUCCCGAAAAGUAUUUGACGACAGCGGUGGCUGUGAUGGAUUCCACAAAACCUUCUGUGGAGAGUACUACGAACAAUAACGAUAACACCACUAAUACUUGCAGCAUCAAUACCGUCGUUUCCGAUUCAAAGACUUCCAAUGUAGAAAAUCCUUCGACACUUUCGUCAUCUACGAACAGCACAUCAACAAAUUCUAUGCCUUUCAAGUUGGGCAUUCCAAAACUUAAUAUUGCAAAUUCUCAAACAACAGCACAGCCGAGCCUAAACGCCACAACAACCAGUGCAAACAGUGACAGUUAUUCAAGUGAUGACGAUGACGACAGUGAAGAUUUGGAAUCUCCAUCCAACACAAAUAAUGCGUCAAAGCCGAUAAUACCAUCGUUGUCACUGUCACUCAACAACACAACUCCUGCUCUCUCGCUGAAAAUCAAGCCAAACACUACCACCCAGCAACCCAACUCAUCCAAAGCUGUAGAAUCAAACACUUCCUCUGCUCUUCCAUUCACAAAAUUAGCUCUACCCAAAAUCAAUGCUUCUCCCACGAUGGAACCUCCACAAGAUCCAAACAUGAUCAACAAAUCUCCUCCAAAUCUUAACAUUUCUACACCUCCCAACACAUUCACCACUUUGUCUCCCAAUGCUUCUGCUUUUCUUCUUCCUGAACAAAACAACUUGGAAAAAAUGGGAGAGUCAGGACUCUCUGAUGACGAAUUAAGUGAAAGCGCAGAAAGUGACAAUAGUGACGAUGAUGAUAUUGACAUUGCUUCUCCUCGCAAAACUCCACAAAUUCAUCCUGCCUUGCUGCUUCCCCAAGUUUCAAAUGUUUCUACUGAAACAGUCAAGCCGAAAACUACCCUUUCCAUAAAGUCUUCCGUACCCUCAACACAACCAUCAUCCGAUGAAGUUUCGGUGAAUGGAAUUUCGAUGAAAAAGCUCAAAUUCUAG